AAGUGAAGUAGCUAUGUUUACAUUUUUAUGAAAAGGAGUUGUUGUUUUGAAGUGAAUAUGUCUGAGAAAAGAAUCUGUGUGAUGAGAAAUAUUUUUAAAUAAAGAGACAUUCUUUUAGCAAGCUUUUAUUUAUUAUAUUCUUUAUAUUGGUUAAACUCUACAACAUAAAGAAAUGGCUUCAUCAUCAAAUAAACGACAUAGUAGUGACAAAUUAGAAAUGUCACCUGAGAAAGCUCGAAAACUCUUUGAUGAUGGUGGUGUCCUUAUAGUCCUUAAUCUUCCUAUUGGCUCUGUUUUUGGAAUUGACAUGAAAAUUUAUCAAGUAGGAGAAAAGUUUCUUGGACUUAAAAUGAUACCCCCUGGCCUUCAUUUUAUACAUUAUAGUGCUGUCAGCAAAGAUGGAAAUGUUGCUCCUAGAAAAGGCUUCUUUUAUUUUUUCUCUCCUCAGGAAAUAGUUAUGAAGAAAUGGGACAACAAUAAUGAAGAUUUAAACAGUAUGGCACCAUCAGGAGAAGAAAAACAAAGAAUACGAGAAAAUUUACCGCACAUAGAUAAAAAUCUUGGUCCAUACCCUUAUCAAAUACUGAAACAGUGGACUCGUCUGACAUGUAACAUUUCUGAUUCCCUGGUUAAUCGAUUGCAACCAGAAUGUGGUUCUGUAAGUUCUGUUACAGAAUUUGUUCCUCAAAAUUUUCCAAUUGAAGAAAGUGCUGAACCAGACAGCACAACAGAAAGACGAUUUCGAACCUUGGAAGAAAAAUACCUUCCUAACAUGAAGCAGGUACCUGGUACUGAAAUCAGAUUCACAGAAAUACCUAAGAACAAAUAUCCUGAUGGGGCUUCAGCUGCUCAAAUAACUAUGUAUAACAUGGAUUCAACUUAUGUGCUAGAAAAACUGUUAGAACAUUACCAAAACAAAGAAGACAUACUGGGAGAACUACAAAUGGCUCAUGUUUGUUUUCUGAUAGCUCAUGUGUACGAUGCUUUUGAGCAUUGGAAAAAUCUGGUUCAAGUAUUUUGCUCUGUCGAUGCAGGCCUGCAAAAGCACGAGGAUUUAAUGAAAACAUUCCUCACUAUUUUGCAUUAUCAACUAAAAGAAAUUCCUUCUGACUUCUUUGUUGACAUUACUUCGAGUAAUAACUUUUUAGUGAACACUCUUCAAGUUUUCUUUGAAAAUGUGAAAGAGAGUAAUACUAGUGAACAAUUCAAAAAAUUUGUUGAUAACUUCAGGAAGAAUCUGACAAAGACUUUGAAGUGGGAUUUUGAAACAAUACCAGAUGAUGAGCUGCCAGUUGUUGUAGAACUUUGAAAGUUCAUUUGUGUUAUUUCUUGUAGUUCUUAAAAACUAUUUGUUUUUAUAAUAAAAUUAUGUAAAUACUUA